GUUUGUUUACUUGUACGACAGUUCGUGCUCUGAAUCUCUUCAGGAAGGUCUUUUCAGGAAAUAAGCUGAAUAUUACUGCUUAAAAUAUGACUUUCGAUUUGCCCGGAAUCUAUAAGCCCAGUAACCUGUUACAGUAUGGAAGUAAAAAUGUUGAAAAAGGAACGCUUGUGUUCGCCAUUAUUAAUAUUACAAUAACAUGUGCAGCAUUGGUGACGUCGAUAGCGGGGACAAUUUACUGGUUUGCGACCUUCAUUCUGAAGGACCUGAUAAUAGGCUCAGAACCCACAGACGACAAAUUUGGAGAGUACAUCCAUUACUUCUUCACAUACAUAUUCUUUGGAGGCAUUGUGAUUUUACUGGUCUUUUCGCUGAUAGCUUUCGUGUUUUCUGUGUUCCUGGUACAUGGAGUUGCCAAGAAAAAGCCACAGUUUUUAAAGGCAUACUUCGUGUACGGAGUGGUGGUGACAAUAAUGUGUGUAAUGUCAGCUAUUGCGUAUCUAGUUCUCUCUUCUGGUGGUGAUCCUCUGACUGUUGCUGUAGUUCUGCUGGUUUGCGCUGUGUAUUCAUUGAUAUUGGCUAUGGUCCGAUGUACGUACAAGAGCUACGAACAGAGGCGGACGUUCCAAUACCAGGAUAACCUACUGGUGGUUGCAACUGAAACUCCAAAGAGGCACGUCAUGUGAGGAUACGGGAGUGUCUCCGCCAAGACGAGCAAAGCGAAGCGCAAUAAGGCAAUAGCGCAUUUUGUGUUGUGAUGAAACUCUAUCCUAAAGGGUUAUGCACGAUGUUAUAAGUUUAUAUUAUGUCCGUUUUAUGCCAAUAUUAAAAUGUUUUCAGAGCUAUGAGGAUUAACGUCGAGUAAAUUAGCUUAAUAAAAGUAUGAGAAUGAUCAUAUUUUUUUAAUAAAAAUAUUUUAUUACCCUACUUACAAUUGUUCUCUUAUAAUAAUUAUAUUAUUAGUCAUAUAUCUUAUUACAAUUUGUAUUCCUUAUUUAAAUAUUAUGGGACUGUGAUUUUAAGUACUUAAGUAUGUUAUAGCGGAGGAAAAUGAAUAUGAUAUUGAUAGAUAUACUUCAUCUACAGUGAUGAAAUAGUGAGAAAAUAAGAGACGAUUGUUAACAAUAAUAUUGCACAACAAUGAAAUUGGUCGUUUUUUUUUGUAACUUUUCCACAGUGAUGCAGUUAUAAUUACUGAAUAUAGAACUAUUCCAAAAAAACAGUGGUGUGGUUAGCAAUCAAUGUAUAGGAAUACACCGCCUCGUUGUGUGAUCAAGUGUUGUCGAUGACAAUAUACCUACAGUCAGAGCUUUUAUACGUAAUUUUUAAGUCAUUUAUCUUAUUGUACAGGGUGUCAGUAACAUCGUAAUGGAAACUCCGAGGAAUGAUUCAGAUCUUGAAGUGGAAUUUCCCGGCACAAAAUUAUGAAACUAAAAAUAAUAACAAAAAACACUAUUCAUGAAUUUUCGACUGGAAAUUAAUUCCACUUGAUGUCAAGUCAGAAUAAUUCUGAAUCAUCCCUCUCAGGGUUCAGUACAGUUUCCCUGAUAUUUUUUUAUCUACCUACUUACCAAAGUACUUUCUAUUAUUUGAUACAAAAUACUCUUGUUGAAAUUUUAAAACAGCUUAAAAUUGAUGUUUUAUAAUAAUGGUACAUACCUAACAUGCAGUUGCUACUGAAUAGAAAAGUAGAAACACAUACAUAGGUAGGUACAUAAUACUGGAAACACAUACGUUGUAUUAAUAAAAUAA